UGUCGUUGGAGAAGACGGUUUUUUACUCUACAGUUAUGCGUUAUUUUUCUCCUUCUUCGUCGGGUACGAUUCAUAAAUGAUUCCACAAUCUUCUUCAUCGAGCUUGCAUUUCCGAUUACCUGUUUAUGUGACUCGGCCUCUGCUCUGUCCUUGCUCUCAUGAGCUCGGCGCUUUUGUGUUUCCAAGGAGUUGGGUUUUGCGUCGGAACUUCAAAGUUUCGAACUUUCAGUUUAUUUCCUGCAGACUUCGCCGGGAUUCGAAGAACCUAAGACUGACGGAUGCUUCUAGUACAAGGGCUGCGAAUAGAUUUUAUUUUUCUACGUUUUCCAAUGAAGAAGAAAAUUCGAAAGAGUCUCUGACUCAGGAUGACCAAACCAAUUUUAGUAGUUUUAGGGAAGAUCCGAUAGUGAAUAAGCUUAGGACCCAGUUAGGUGUAAUCCAUCCAAUCCCGUCUCCACCAAUUAACCGUGGUGUGAUUGGUCUAUUCGUCUUCUUCUUCUUCGUUGGUGUCGCGUUUGAUAAACUAUGGACGUGGAGAAAGAAGCAGAGAGAAACGGGUGGAGACGGAAGCCAACGAGGAGCAGGACCAUGGCCACAGGUUCCCACCAGUUUCUCUUUGUUCCUAGACAAGGAUUUGCAAAGGAAAGAGUCCGUGGAGUGGGUGAAUAUGGUUUUGGGGAAGCUCUGGAAAGUGUAUAGAAAUGGAAUUGAGGAUUGGCUUGUUGGUUUGUUGCAGCCUGUGAUUGAUGACUUGAAGAAGCCUGCUUAUGUGCAGCGAGUUCAAAUUAAGCAGUUUUCGUUAGGGGAUGAGCCUUUGUCUGUCAGAAAUGUUGAGAGGAGGACAUCUCGCCGUGCCAAUGACUUGCAGUAUCAAAUUGGCCUUCGGUAUGCUGGUGGUGCCCGCAUGUUGUUACUGCUCUCGUUGAAAUUCGGUGUCAUCCCUAUAGUUGUUCCAGUUGGUGUCCGGGAUUUUGACAUUGAUGGUGAGCUUUGGGUCAAACUAAGAUUGAUACCAACACAGCCUUGGGUGGGAGCUGUAUCAUGUUCGUUUGUAUCACUUCCAAAAGUCACAUUUCAACUUGCAGCAUUCAGAUUGUUUAAUCUAAUGGGAAUCCCCGUCCUAUCAAUCAUCGUCUAUUACAGGUUCUUGACCAAACUACUGACAAAGGAUUUGCCUCGAUUAUUUGUCCGACCAAAGAAAAUUGUCUUGGAUUUUCAGAAAGGAAAAGCUGUUGGACCUGUUCCAAAUGAUCUUAAAUCAGAAGAAAUGCAGGAAGGCAAUAAGGAUUUUGUCGGGGAACUAUCUGUUACUCUUGUAGAUGCGCAGAAGCUUCGACACAUGUUUUCUGGUAAAACAGAUCCAUAUGCAAUUCUCAGAUUAGGGGAUCAAAUUAUCCGUAGUAAAAGGAACAGUCAAACUACUGUCACUGGGGCUCCUGGUCGGCCAAUCUGGAAUCAGGACUUUCAAUUCCUUGUUUCAAAUCCUAGACAGCAAGUAUUACAAAUUGAGGUCAAUGACCGUCUUGGCUUUGCUGAUAUGGCUAUCGGUACUGGAGAGGUUGAUCUCAGUUUACUGCAAGAUACGGUUCCUACAGAUAGAAUAGUGGUUUUACGUGGUGGUUGGAGUUUGUUUAGAAAGGGAUCUGCAGGUGAGGUACUGGUACGGCUUACAUACAAAUCAUACGUGGAGGAGGAAGAAGAUGACAGGACCAAUGUCAAAGCCAUUGAUGCAGAUGCUACGGAUGAUGAAAUGUCAGAUUCAGAAGAACUUGGCUCAUUUGUGCGGAAAGAUAAGGUUUCUUCAGAUGAGAUUGGUCAAGAGUCAUUUAUGAACGUGUUGUCUGCAUUGAUUGUGAGUGAAGAAUUUCAAGGCAUAGUUUCAUCUGAAGCUGAAGACAAUGAACUUUCUGGUGGUGACUCUCUUGGGGAUACUGUACCUUCUAACUCUGGGUUGGACGCAAGAUUUCAACCUGCAGAUACUAGUAAUGGGUUAGAAAGCAGUGCAGACAUAUCAGAUUCGGAAUUUUUAGCUGAAAGUUUUGGUAGAGGCACCGGCGAUGAUGGAGGAUCAGCAUUACUGUGGUUUGGUAUAAUCACGGGUAUAUUAGUUCUUGUUGCUUUAAACAUGGAAGGCUCCAGUUUCUUCAACCCGUAAUAUAGUGCUAUACAGCUUGCUGGAGAAUUCUGUUGCAAGUUUGGUUGUCAUCUGUUCUCAACCUUGGAGAUGGCUUACAACGUAGUCUCAGUUUUGCAAUUAAAUAACAGUUCUGUUGUAUGUAUAUAGCAAUUAGAAAAGGGACACUUACUAGAGGCAGGAAGAUUCAGAUAUAUUAUGUCCAAAUCCUUUACUGUUGUUUUACAGUUUACACUUGUGGUUGGUAUAUAUGAAAUAUAAAGAUUAAAAAGUUCGGUA